UCGCAGGGAAUCUUACAGGAUGGUUACAAAUCAUAGAAAAACUUUGUAGCCAAUAUAGCUGUGACCAAAAUAGGGACCAUGGCAAAGAAUGAACCCAGACUUAUCAUGAAACAACAUAUUAAUCAAAUAGGAAACUCUUUAUUUCAAAACAAAUAUAAAUUUAAUAAAUUCAGUGAUAAAACAGUAUUCGUAUUCUUGCCUCAAUGGUUAGGAUUACACGGAAUCGUAGGUAUAAUUUCUUUAGAAGGUCUAACCUUAUGUAUGCAUUUCGAAUUCAACUCAAAUUUCGCUUUAAUAUCGGUGAACUAAAACUGUUAAACAUUCAAUACAGGCAGGGAUUCACACGGUCUAAAAAUAGCGUUGGAAAAUAGGAACGGACAUGCGGUUGAGUGUAGUGUGAAAACUGCGUCGGUUUGUUUUAUUAGCGUAAAUAAGUCAUAACCUCCAACUAAUUCAUUGCUCUUACAGUAACGUCGAUACCUUUUUUAUCGAAUGAAAAUAUCAAACCAGCUGUCACCUGUGUGUUAUCCCUGAGUGGGAUUUAGACGUUGCCAGAAGGAAAUAGUAAAUAACAAUGACGUUGUUAAGAAAAUAGAAAUAUCUCCGUUUCAGUCACAGAAGAAACUCGUGGAAGGUAAACAAAAACCAUUGGAUUUUAUUGUUUAAUCGCAGGCAAAAGGUCUAAACUUUUUAAAGAAAAAAAAUGAUAUGCCUACAAGAAUUAAUGUCAUCAUUCCUGGUUUUCAUUCUUUGUGUGUCCCAUUGUCAUGGGGGCUGUGCCGAGGUGGAUUCCAUGACUGAGGCAGUGGCCGGGGAGAGCUUCCUACUGGGCUGUAUCUCCUGUAAGAGAAGAGAAGAGGUCCCCGCCCACGCCACUGUGGACUGGCACUUCAAACCUACUGGAGAGGACGAGUAUGUCCAUAUCUUUCACUAUGACCACCCACACUUGGAAAUUCUCAAUGAGCACUUUUUUGACCGGCUAGAGUGGCAAGGAACAAUGGGGACUCAGGAUGUACAGACCGGAGCAGUCUUCAUUCACAAUGUCACCUUUAACGACACAGGCACCUACCGCUGCACUUUCCAGCGCACCCUCUCCCUCCCCAAGGAUAACGAAUACAUCACAGUGGAAAAGGAGGUGGAGCUUAUUGUGGUGGCUGAAGCCAAUCGAGAGAUGCUGUCGGUGGUGUCAGAGAUAAUGAUGUACGUGCUGAUUGUAGUACUGCAACUGUGGAUGUUUGUGGUGCUAAUCUACUGCUACCGGAAGAUCUGGGCAGAGCAUGAGGCUCGGGAUGCCCGCAAAGCCCUUAAGGCCCAGAAGAAGGCCCUACUAAAUGAACCAUUGCACUUAAAGGACAAAUGUGAUGGAGUACUUAUGGAGUAAUAUGCCAUUUUUGUAAACAAAGCUGAAGAACUCUACUGUCACAAGGAAACAUUACCACUGCAAUACUAUGCUAAUACAUCUUAGAAUUAUGUAGGAAUAAAUGCUGUUUACAAAGUACUUUAAUUCAGUUGCAGCAAAGUGAUCUCAGCACGCUGACGUUCCAUUUUGCUACAAAGAUGCAACAGAGUGUGUGCUUGAAAGACAUGAUGGUUAUUCCCGGCUAAGUUGCAGUUGGCGUGAACAGCCUCAUUAGGAAUGAUCAGCGUAUAGUUUGGCUAAGCAUGUCGUGGUAUGUUCAAGGUCAUGAAAUGAUCUAGUGAUCUAGACCUAGCCUCGAUGUUCACUGCAGUGGGUUACUUGGUAGAGUUUCAACUGUCAUGAAUGGAGCAAGACAAAAUAAAACCAAAUGGCUAGACUA